UCGAUGCAGUCGCCAUUUUGGUUCGUUCCACGAGGCCGGCCAGCAAAUCUGACCUUUCGGUGGUAGAGGCCUGUCCUUGAGUAGUCCACCAUCAUGCCGACUACCCUACCACCCAAAGAGAACGCUCUGUUCAAAAGAAUACUGAAAUGCUACGAACACAAGCAGUACAAAAAUGGGCUGAAAUUCGCCAAGCAGAUCCUUUCCAAUCCGAAGUUCUCGGAACACGGAGAAACGUUGGCAAUGAAAGGCUUGACUCUCAACUGCUUGGGGAGAAAGGAGGAAGCUUAUGAAUUUGUUCGACGAGGUUUGCGAAAUGACCUUAAGAGUCAUGUGUGUUGGCAUGUUUAUGGACUGUUACAAAGAUCUGAUAAAAAAUAUGAUGAAGCAAUCAAGUGUUACAGGAAUGCACUGAAAUGGGAUAAGGAAAAUAUCCAAAUAUUGAGAGAUCUGUCACUAUUGCAGAUUCAGAUGCGGGAUUUGGAGGGUUACAGGGAAACUAGAUACCAGUUGCUGAAACUCAGGCCAGGACAGAGGGCUUCUUGGAUUGGAUAUGCUAUCUCCUACCAUUUGCUGAAAGAUUAUGACAUGGCAUUCACGAUUCUGGAUGAGUUUCGCAAAACUCAAAAUAUUUCCUCCCCAAAGUAUGACAUUGAGCAUGGUGAGCUGCUCUUGUAUCAAAAUAUGGUGCUCAGAGAAGCUGGAAGACCUCAGAAGGCCUUGGAUCAGUUGACAAGCUAUGAACUACUGAUGCAUGAUAAACUUGUGGUGCGAGAAAUCAAAGGGUCUUUACUCCUUGAAUUAAAGCAGUUCAAGGAGGCAGAGCGAAUUUACAGAGACUUACUGCGGAGAAAUCCAGAGAAUAAGCAUUACUACCAAGAACUGGAAAAAGCAUUGCAGUUAGAAAACCCAGAUGACCGAUUUAACCUGUACAUGAAGUACUCUGAGUUAUAUCCAAGAGCACAGGCCCCAAAGAGAAUACCCCUUUCUUUUACAUCAGGAGAAACUUUUGCUCAAUUGAUAGACAACUACAUGAGACCUGCAAUUCACAAGGGAGUGCCACCUUUGUUUAACAACAUCAGGACUUUAUACACUGAAAAGGACAAGGUAAAGAUAGUUGAAAAUGUAGCCCUUGGGUAUCUGGACAAUCUCAAUACGUUUGGAACAUUGACAGGGAAAGGUGGUGAUCUUGAGCCUCCCACAGCAAUCCUGUGGGUAUACCACUUCCUAGCCCAGCAUUUUGAUUAUCUACGGGACAGCAAGAAGGCUAUGGAGUACAUAGACAAAGCUCUGGAGCACACACCUACUCUAAUUGAAGCAUACAUGGUCAAAGCCAGGAUUUAUAAGCAUGGCGGAGACAUGGAAAAAGCUGCACAUUGUAUGGACGAAGCACGCUCUCUUGACACUGCUGACAGAUAUGUCAAUUGCAAAUGUGCCAAGUACCAGCUGCGAGCCAAUCAAGUUCAAAAAGCUGAGGAAACAUGUGGAUUGUUCACUAGGGAAGGAGUUGGUGCUGCUGAGAACUUGAAUGAAAUGCAGUGUAUGUGGUUCCAAACAGAGAGUGGUUAUGCUCUACAAAGACAAGGAAAGCUAGGAGAAGCUUUGAAGAAAGCCCAUGAGAUUGAGAGACAUUUUGAUGAAAUUACAGAGGAUCAGUUUGAUUUUCAUACCUACUGUAUGAGGAAAAUGACUCUUAGAGCUUAUGUGAGAUUGCUGCGGCUUGAGGACGUUCUUCGAAGCCACCGAUUUUACUUCAAAGCUGCCAAAAUGGCAAUAGAGUGUUAUGUUCGGCUUCAUGAUAAACCUAUGACUGCAAGCGAUGAAGAUGCUGAAGCAGGGUCCAGUGAGCUCUCAGCCAAAGAUUUGAAGAAACUACGAAGUAAACAAAGAAGAGCGGAGAAAAAAGCCCAGGAAAGCAAGAAGGCCACUAAUGACGUAAAAGAAAACAAAGAGAGUGACAAGAAGGCAGAUCCCUUUAAAGAACCUCCGUUGGAAUCAGACGCGUUAGUCAGGGUGACAGAUCCAUUAGAUCAAGCUCUCAAAUUCCUCCGGCCGUUACAAAAUCUGGCGUCAAGUAGAAUAGAAACUCAUUUGUUGGCGUAUGAAGUGUUCAGCAGAAAAGGCAAACUUCUGCUGAUGUUACAGUCUGUUAAACGUGCGCACGCCAUAGAUGCAAACCAUCCCAAACUCCAUGAACACUUAGUCAAGCUUGCUGUCAAAGUUUCUGAGUCAAAGCACAUGAAGGAGCCUGUGGCAAUUGUAAUAGAACGAGAGUUGAAGACUCUUCUUGACGGAAACGAUAUCAAACAGUUUAAUGCCGAUUUCGUGGAAAAACAUUCUCAUUCCUUGCUUCAUAGAUUUUCAGGGAGCAAGAUGCUGUGUCUUUUGGAUGCUUCUAAGGUAGACGAUGCGCUGGCGCUGGUUACGGACUUAUCUGAUAGUCUAGAAGAUAGGACAUUAGAGACCUGCACAAUGAUUUACAACGCUCUUUUAGAGGGUACGUUUGGCGAGUGCACUGAUUUGACAAGGGAGUAUUACCUCAAAUGCAGGACUGUAUUUCCUUUGGCUUCUGUGUUCGCAAAAGACGACGGAGUUGUCGGGAAUGUAAAUGGAAUAGACGGUGUCCAGACUGGCGCAAGUGAGCCGUUAUGCGACGGCGUGGCUUAAGUUGAAUGACGAAACACCUGAGCAAUUUAAACUGCCAUUUUAUGCAGACACGCCCAACGGCCUUUUAAAUGUGUGGAGAAUGGAAGAUGAAAAGUCCAUGAUGUACUUUGUUCAGAGAAUUUUAAGUAUUUUGGUGAAAGAAUGCUGCAAAAUAUGAAAACCACUUCGUUGGGUAGAAACGGGCUACUCAGAGAAAAAGUGGUCGAAAGUGUUCUUAGGACUUGGAGGAGCUGCUCCAACAAAUGAUUGCAACAAACAUUGUACUAAAUUCUCGCGAGGUGUUACACCUUGACUCUUGUCCCAUGCAGAAACGAUUAACCAGGAACCGAGUUCAACUUAGAUUUUGACGCUGAAAGCUGAAGUUAAAUUGUAAAAAAUCCAAACAUUGUUCCCAUAAGCCUCCUUCGUAGCUUUUCUUUAAUAUGCCAGAAAACUUUGUUUGACAUCUUGUGAACGGCUACGAAGGAGACGAGAGCUCUUUGAGAUAUUCCAAAAAAUUACUUAUCACCAUUUGAAUCACAACGCAGCUUAUUUUUAAAAAUAAACGAACAAUUCACGAUGGAAUUAGUUUCGCCAAGCCUAAAGAAAAUAUUGUUAAACAUUUCCAUUUAAGGUCUACUUCAAACGCCAAAGAUUUUAUGAGCUGAAACGUAUAACUGGAAUUUGGAGUAUAGUUAUGUUCGUUUGUCUUAAUUAAGAACGGCUAUUUCCAUAGGAAAUGACAGAGCCAUUUUCGCUGACUUCCUUAGCUAAGUAGAGCCAGAAAAAAGGCACUUUUCUCAAACCACUAAAUAUCCUGGAACUUUGUUAGAGACACGUUCAACCUCAGGAUCAAAAAUGCGUCCUUUUAAUAAUUUCGGUUGGCCCUAUACGAAUUUGACUCGGGCUCACGAAUGGAUUGGCUUUUGAAACGGACGCAAGUCGCGUCAAAUGUGAUCCAAACUUUCUAAUCUGAUUGGUUUUCUUUGAUUGGAGAGUGAGGAUUGACCUAUUUUGAUGACUUUCGACGCGAGUUAACAUGAAUAUCCCCGAGUUGCAUAGGUUUUUGGCGCGACUCGGAAGAGAACUGAAGAUUACACUUGAACAUAACAAUUAAUGUUCACCCACACAGCGCGUUCUUAUCUCGAUCAAUCAAUAAAACGAUGAUUUCUUGGACAAAACUCAA